UGGGAGAGGCGCGGGGACCGAGGAGCCAGGCCGAGCGGGGCCGGAGCCGACCGAGCUGGGCGGGACGGAAUCAUCCCCAGAUGCCUGGCAGUCCCGUGGUGGAUGACUGUGUUUUAAACAGAGUUUUGUGAACAGCCUUUCGCCUUCAGCCAGGAAGAAAGAUGUGGAAAGCCUCUGCGGGCCAUGCUGUGUCCAUCGCCCAGGACGAUGGGGGUGCAGACGACUGGGAAACGGACCCCGAUUUUGUGAAUGAUGUGAGUGAGAAAGAACAGAGAUGGGGAGCCAAGACUGUGCAGGGGUCCGGGCACCAGGAGCACAUCAACAUCCACAAGCUGAGAGAGAAUGUUUUUCAAGAGCAUCAGACCCUCAAGGAGAAGGAGCUUGAGACCGGACCCAGAGCCUCGCACGGCUACGGAGGGAAGUUUGGUGUGGAGCAAGAUAGGAUGGACAAGUCAGCUGUUGGCCACGAGUAUCAGUCGAAACUCUCCAAGCACUGCUCGCAAGUCGACUCGGUCCGGGGCUUCGGAGGGAAGUUUGGUGUUCAGGUGGACAGAGUUGAUCAGUCGGCCGUUGGCUUUGAGUACCAGGGUAAAACAGAGAAGCACGCCUCCCAGAAAGACUACUCGAGUGGCUUUGGCGGCAAGUAUGGUGUGCAGGCGGACCGCGUAGACAAGAGUGCCGUGGGCUUUGACUACCAGGGCAAGACGGAGAAACACGAGUCGCAGAAAGAUUAUUCCAAAGGUUUUGGUGGCAAAUACGGGAUUGACAAGGACAAAGUGGAUAAAAGUGCUGUCGGCUUCGAGUAUCAAGGCAAAACGGAAAAGCACGAGUCGCAGAAAGACUACGUGAAAGGGUUUGGAGGAAAGUUUGGUGUGCAGACAGACAGACAAGACAAAUGUGCCCUUGGCUGGGAUCACCAGGAGAAGUCGCAGCUGCACGAGUCCCAAAAAGACUAUAAGACUGGUUUCGGAGGCAGAUUCGGUGUUCAGUCCGAGAGGCAGGACUCCUCUGCUGUGGGGUUUGAUUACAAGGAGAAACUGGCCAAGCACGAGUCCCAGCAAGACUACUCCAAAGGAUUUGGUGGGAAAUACGGAGUGCAGAAGGAUCGGAUGGAUAAGAAUGCGUCAACCUUUGAAGAUGUGGCGAAGGUAUCCUCUGCUUACCAGAAGACGGUCCCUGUGGAGGCCGCCAACAGCAAGACCAGUAACAUCAGGGCUAACUUUGAAAACCUCGCUAAGGAGAAAGAGCAGGAGGACCGCCGGAAGGCCGAGGCAGAGCGAGCGCAGAGGAUGGCGAAGGAGAAGCAGGAGCAGGAGGAAGCCAGGAGAACACUAGAGGAGCAAGCCAGAGCCAAAAAGCAGACGCCGCCUUCAUCCCCCACUCCUCAGCCGGCUGUGGAGGGGCCUCCUUCCAGCCCUGUGUAUGAGGAUGCGGUCUCGUUGCGGGUGGAGGUGAGCUCCAGAGGCCCCGGCAGCCCUGUGAUCCAGCUAGAGCCCGCAUACAGCAUGGAGGACCACCGCGAGGCCGCUGGCAGCCCACAGGGCACGGCCUACGCCCCCGAGGGCGUCUACGAGACUGCCGACACCCCAGGCCCCUACCAAGGAGAGGAGAACACCUACGAUGAGUAUGAGAAUGACCUUGGCAUUACGGCCAUCGCUCUCUACGAUUACCAGGCUGCGGGUGACGAUGAGAUCUCCUUCGAUCCCGAUGACAUCAUCACCAACAUCGAGAUGAUCGACGACGGCUGGUGGCGCGGGGUGUGCAAGGGCCGCUACGGGCUCUUCCCGGCCAACUACGUGGAGCUGCGGCAGUAGACGCCGCCUUAGCGCCCGCUGCCGCCCCUGCCACACUACAGAUCAUGCCUUUGUUUUUUGUUUUGGGAGCUGGGGAGGGGAAUAUACACAUCGCCUUUAUAUUUAAUACUUCUGCUGAUGCUGAAAAUGUGUAGGCCACAGAAUUUGCUAAUAUAUUGUAAUCAUGUUCCUUAGGAAGACUCGGGUCACUGUUUUUAUGCCUUCAAGGUAUUUUCUUUUCUCUUCUGCCAAAUGACUGUCACGUGAAGCCAUUUCAAGGAACUUCAUUCUCUUGAGGCAAGUAGCCCAGCCUGUUGAUGUUGUACGCAGUCGUGAGCCAUCAGAUGCCCACGGCAGACACGAAGCCUUCUCCUUGAACCCGGGUCGGGGAGCAUCUAGCGGCUCAGUAUUUCCCAAGUUGAGAAUCAAGGUUCAUAGCGAGGAAGUCCAGUAGCUCUCACAUCCAAUGGGAAGCCUUCUCAUACGUGAAUCUUCCAGUUUCGAUGCGUGUGGGGUCUCUGCCCCCCUUUACCCUGAGCAAAAACCCCAGUCUUUCCUCCAGGCCUCCCUUUGCUCUGCCCUCCCCGAUGCCUGGGAUGACGUGUCUCUGUGUUCUCCAGUCUGCUCGUCUCCAGCUCAGCGCCCACAGUUCAUGGCUGUGGGGUUUUAUGAUGAGCCGAAGGGCAGCCAGGCCUGUACUUGGCGGUGGUGGAAACGGCCACUGAGCUGCAGGGCGCAGUGCCUUCUCUCCUGUAGACUGACAGGCGUGUUCUUCCUGGGGGAAGGGAAUAUGCCGUGUUUGCCAAAACAUUGUGUUAGACUACAGUACGAUCUGAUCCAUCACCUUGCUAAAACGAGAUGAAAACGAGUUGUCGUCGGACCAAAGCCCCUCCGUGUGGCUCCUCACGGGUGCUGCUGACCCCUCGUUGGAUGGGAGCCAUGCCUCCUCCCGAGAAGCCAGGCGGCUGACCAGUCACCACGCAGGCCGGGUCAGGUGUGUGCCUCCGGAAGACCUCGUCGUGGCUGUUGCAGGUCCCGGGGGCACCCGGUGACCACGCGCACACAUCUCUUCUGAAACACACUUCUGCAUACUCCUGGCUCCUCCAGAACUGGGGUUUUAUAUGCAAUUUAUUUUAUCUAAAUUUCUGUAGCACACCUCAUAGGUAUGAUUUUUUUAAAUUAAAUAUUCCAAAUAAAGUUUUUGAUCCACUUGCUGCA